CCUUUAACAGUUAACACAUCACCAUCUCCAUCUUCUUCUUUCUCCUCUCUCCUUUGAAGCCAUUGCUUCUCUCUUAGACACUCUUCAUUCUCAAAACUCUCUCUUUCUCUCUCUCUAUUUGUCAAUAUAAUCUGACAGACGGCCCUUUUUUUCACCACCUUCAACUCUUUCUCUCUCAAAUGUACUCUCACUGAGGUUUCUCUCUCUAGCUUGUUCUUGAUCCCAUCUCAUCCGUUACACUCAAGAACGUCUCUUUUAAUUCUUCUUUUUUUGUUUUUUUAUAUUUUUAUUCAAGAAAAUAUCAGUUUAUAAAUGGGUUUUUGUUUUUGUUUUGGUUUGGGUUGCUUUUAGCUUGCUUCAAAGGGUCAAUAUACUAGAAACCAAAGCAUAAGCCAAAGCUUGAACAAGAAAGAAAAGAAAAGAAAAGAAAAGAAGGAGAUCACCAUGUUGGAUCUCAAUCUUGAUAUCAUCUCUAAUGAGUCUUCUUGUGAUGGUCACCACAACAACAAGAACAAAGAUAUGGUGAUUAUAAGCCGAGAGAUGGAGAUGUUCUCAGCAGAAGAGACUGCUGCUGCUGCUUCAAGAACUACUCAAAUGGAAGAUUCAGGCACAUCAAACUCUUCCAUUAUCAUCAACACAGAAGAAGCUGAGAACUCCUUCAACUCUGCACUGAUUUUUGAUAUCUUGAAGAAAGAUGAAAUUAACCCACUUGGAGAUUUCACUACCCGUCAAUUUUUUCCUGACAAAAUUGGGAAUAUUGAAUUAGAUUUGCAGUCUGGAUUGUCAAAGACAAGGCCUCAGUGGUUGAAAUUAUCGCAGAUGGAGCCUAGCAGUGAAGCAGAGCUCAGAAUUGUGCAGCAAAAGCAGCAGCAAAUGAAGAAGAGCAGGCGAGGACCUAGGUCUCGAAGCUCUCAGUAUCGAGGAGUCACAUUUUAUAGGAGAACUGGCCGCUGGGAAUCUCAUAUAUGGGAUUGUGGGAAGCAAGUUUAUCUAGGUGGUUUUGACACUGCCCUUGCAGCAGCAAGAGCAUAUGAUAGAGCUGCAAUUAAGUUCAGAGGAGUUGAUGCAGAUAUCAACUUUAAUUUAAGUGAUUAUGAUGAAGAUAUGAAGCAGAUGAAAAACCUGAGCAAAGAAGAAUUUGUUCUUAUUCUUCGUCGAAGAAGCACCGGAUUUGCUCGUGGCAGCUCGAAAUACAGAGGUGUAACUCUUCACAAAUGUGGCAGAUGGGAAGCUAGAAUGGGACAGUUCCAUGGAAAGAAGUGUGUGUAUCUUGGAUUAUUCGACAACGAAGUAGAAGCUGCAAGGGCUUAUGAUAUGGCAGCUAUCAAAUGUAAUGGUAGAGAUGCAGUAACCAAUUUCGAGCCUAGUGUUUACGAAGGGGAGGUUGUUUUCGAUCCGAGCAGUAGAGAGAUGAGUGAUCACAAUCUUGAUUUGAGCCUCAGAAUUUCUGCUCCACCGAGUAACGACACGGGCAGCUGCUGUUUUCGAUAUAAAGAUUGUGAAUUACCAAAGAAAGAAACAACAGUGGUCGAAAAUGCUCGUAGUCUGCCAAAAGCAUCAAAGAACCUUCCAACAUUGUCUGGCAUAUAUCCUGGAUUUCUAGCAAGCAAUCAGGAAAUGGUUGAAGAGAAGAAGGUCGAAGCGGAUUCUUUGCUGAAAAGCUCAAGUUGGCCAUGGAACGUAAACGGAAACAACAACAAGAAGAAGAAUUUUGCUACAAUUUCAGAGAUCACAUCAGUUGCAGCAUCAUCAGGAUUCGAUUCAUCGGCAACAAUCACUGCCUUUCAUAUCAACCAGCAGCAGCAGCAGCAGCAAAGUCAUCCUGUGAAUAAUCUGUGCCUUACAACACCCAACAAAAACUCCUUCCAUUACUACUCUUAACAAGAAGCUGACAUUAGCAUAAGGGUAGUUUUGUCAUUAUGCUCUUCAGAAUGUUUGGUAAGCAGGGAAAAAAAAAAAAAAAAGAGAAGAGCAAUUAAGACUGUGUAGGACCACUUUCUGUUUAGAGUGUAUCAUAGAAUCUGAAGCAAAGAUUUGUCCUGACAACUGCCAUGUAAAAGCUUUUGUUCAUUCAUGGCUUCAAGCAAGAGAAGAUAAGAUUUAACCUUAUCUCAAUUUGGCAAAGAGUUUAUGUAUCCAUGGUCUUUGUUCAAUCACCAUGAUCUUUGAUAGGAUCUGCUUCAUCACCUCAGAAUGGGGGAGAACAAUCAAUAACUUGGGUGUUUACAAGGUUGAUGUGUUGUUGGUUUGUCCUCUAGCCCUUAUUGGCUAUCAACCACACACAAGAAGCUCUAUUGUUGAUAAGUGCAAAUGGCAUUAUUACAAGACUUGAACCAAAAUGUUCUUAGAAUUUUCUUUUUUGGUAUAAUUUGGUGGCUUUGGAAAGUUUUGUACCAAAUAAUACCCAUUCAUCAUCCAACUCAAUAACCCAAUAAAGGGGCAACCCUAAACUUUUACUUUUUUCUGA